AUGGGUGAUGAUCCUCAUCAUGAAGACAGACUUGCGCAUGCAAGAGUUGGGUCCUACUUUUUAGGACCCAAGGCUGAGAACUUUCAUAUUCUGAGUGAGCUCAUGGGCAAAGUAUUGGAAGACCAGAAGACAGUGCGCCAAAAUCUCUACCACGAUGAUCCCGAAUUUAUCACGUCUUCGAUGAUGCAAGCGCAGACAUAUACAGAGAGUAUUGAGGAGCUUCGUGGCUACGUCAAUACGCUCUCGGAGAAACUUGCGUUGCAUUCGAUCCCAUUUUGGUCGCCGCGAUAUAAUGCUCAUAUGAAUAUGGAUGUCGCAUUGCCAAGCAUCAUUGGAUACAUGGCGACGAUGAUGUAUAAUCCCAACAAUGUCGCAACUGAAGCAAGCCCUUUGACUACAGAGAAGGAAAGGACUGUUGGGAAAGACCUCUGCAAAAUGCUAGGUUACAGAAAGAGAGGGAAUGUUGCGCCCUGGGGCCACAUUACUUGUGAUGGUUCUGUAGCCAAUCUUGAAGCUAUCUGGGCAAUCCGAAACCUCAAAUUCUACCCGUUGUCUUUGAAGCUUGCUAUUGGGAAAAAUGAAAGCAAAGGCAUAGACCCUCCACUCAAAUUUUUGGCUCACGCCGAUCCUCCAUUUCUCGUCGAAAAUUGCAAAGGAGAGAAGAAGCCUUUUACUGAACUUGAUACAUGGGAGCUGCUUAAUCUGAAGCCCAGCACAGUGUUGGAGCUUCCUACCCGUCUCGCGAAUGAAUACUCCAUCGCAGCUCAGUUCCUACAAGAUGCUCUUAAACCGUAUCUCAUCCAGACGGUCGGGAAGGACUACUUAGAGCGCUACUUUGACAUUGAGACAUCGGGCAAAUUCUUCCUUAGCACGACAAAGCAUUACUCUUGGCCUAAAGGCGGUGCAAUCUCGGGCAUUGGGUCUGACAAUUUCAUCAAUGUUGCAGUUGAUGAAGAUGCUCGCAUGGAUAUUAAAGACUUACAAAAACAUCUUGAUAACUGCAUUCAUAACCGCAUCCCAGUGUAUGGUGGCGUUGCCAUCAUGGGGUCGACGGAGCAUGGUGCUUGCGAUCCUCUCGCCGCCCUUGUGCGGCUGAGACGAGACUAUGAGGCUAAGGGCCUAUCAUUUGCGAUUCAUGCCGAUGCCGCCUGGGGAGGAUAUUUCGCCUCCUUAAUCGACCAUUCCGUCAAAGGCUCUCCUCCAAAUGACCUCCUCCCACUUGUUCCUGCAUUGGCUCUUCAACCCUACACAAUGGAGCAGCUUCAGUACCUCGAAUUUGCGGAUAGCAUCACCAUUGAUCCUCACAAGUCAGGAUAUAUAAACUAUCCCGCGGGUGGACUCUGCUAUCGUGAUGAGCGUAUGAAAUAUCUCAUCACCUGGACUAGCCCUAUUGUGUUCCAUGCGAAUGACGAGAAGGGGAGCAUGGGCGUCUAUGGUCUCACCCCCAAUGGCUAUGGCAGGCUGCUUGGUGAAGCUGUCUUUACUUGUACCAAGCUUUAUUGUCAUUGGGCGACCAUGACUAGAGCCGAAGACGACCUCAUCGUUUGUCCGUUAAUACGACUCCCCAGUGAAAAGAAAGGUCUCUCCGAAAGGGAUAUCGAGAGCGAGAAGCAGCGCAUCCGAGAAAAGAUUCUAAGCGUUACAAACGAGCAGCUUUUUGACGACCCAGAUAGCAUGGACUUUCUGAGUGAAUUGGGUGGCGAUUUGAUGAUCAAUGCAUUUGCCUGCAAUUUCAAGGUCAACGGAAAAGUCAACGACGAUGUAAACGAGGCCAACUAUCUCAACCAGCGCAUCUUUGAGCGUCUGUCUGUCACAUCAAUGGAUGAUGUUGUUGCAAAACGACCACUUUUCUUAACCUCGUCAUCCUUUGGCGAAGCUACAUACGGAAAAUGCCUCGAGACUUACAAGCGCCGUCUACAGCUUGUUCAUGAAGAAAACCCUGCCCGUGGCGACCUGUCGUAUUUGGUCAACGUAACGAUGAGCCCAUGGCCUACCGACAGGGAUUUCCUCAAUAAGUUGGCUGAAGAUUUCAGGCGUGUUGCGGAUGAAGAAGUUGAAAAAUGUAUUAUUCGCAACAAGAUCGAGCCCGAUUUUCACGGAUUCGUCAUGCAAGGUCUUGAACAGAUUCAUCUUGUUCACAUACCCAUGUUUCACAUGGCGAACCACCGCUGGCAGCUCAUUAUCACAGCCGACUUUCCUGAAGAUGCUAAACAGCGUUACCAGCAGCUCCGCAAGGAGAAUCCUGAUAAAUUCUACACUGUGGCCAAUACGGAAAAAGAAUUCCUUGAAGACAUGGUCAAACCUGGCGCUGAUAUCGUAUGGCGCCUUGAUGAAGGCAUACCGAAAGAUGGCCAAGAACCUAUUAUGACUUUUAAACUGACCAGCAUCCGUUUGGUGGUGCAGGAGUCAAUGUUCUUCAACGCCCUUGAUCAAGCUUAUCCAGACCGCAUGCCUUUUUACUUAUAUGGUAGCAAGGCUGAAGCUCACCUUGAUCAUGUGCUCAAGAAGGCUCCCAACGGCAUGAUCAGUGUUGAUAAUGUGAAGCUGACUCUUGAACCUGAAUUAAGCGAUGAAGAGCUUGCCCGGGGCGUUGUUGCAGUCCUUGAGGAUGUCUUUGAGAAUGCUAUCCAGCCAUUGCCUCUUGAUGGUUCAAGUAUCUCCCUCACAGCUCCUGGUCUGAACUUGGCGCUAGGUAAAACGCACAAAGCGUCUGUAUAUGAGAGCUAUGAAGCUUUCAAGGGCGGAAGUGCACCCAUUUCAAAGGGUGACAUUGCAUUGGGAGGAUAUAUCUUUGCGGAUUGGGCGGACGUCAACAUGGAUCCAGCUGCAAAACCAUGCCAUGAGCUUAAGAACUGA